CGGCCACUGGAAACCGCUCACUCGGCGUGUUGGCCUUUACGAACAGCGCGGCUCUUGCAGCACCCGAGGGCCGCCGCCAUGCCGUUCCUGCAUGGUUUCCGAAGGAUCAUCUUCGAGUACCAGCCGCUUGUGGACUCGAUUCUAGGCUCCCUGGGGAUCCAAGACCCAGAGCGGCAGGAGCCCCUAGACGGGCCCAGCUGUGUCGCCAAUGAGGAGAGGCGAAUUCUUGUUCUCACUGAAUUGCUGGAGAGGAAGGCCCACUCCCCAUUUUACCAGGAAGGCGUGAGCAAUGCCCUGCUGAAGAUGGCUGAGCUGGGGCUGACACGGGCAGCAGAUGUCCUCCUACAGAACGGGGCCAACCUCAACUUUGAAGACCCGGUCACCUACUACACUGCCCUGCACAUUGCUGUCCUACGAAACCAGCCCGACAUGGUGGAGCUGCUGGUGCGCCAUGGGGCUGACAUUAAUCGGAGGGACCGGAUUCACGAGAGCAGCCCCUUGGACCUGGCCAGCGAGGAGCCAGAGCGCCUGCCCUGCCUGCAGCGCCUCCUAGACCUUGGAGCAGACGUCAACGCAGCUGACAAGCAUGGAAAGACUGCCCUGCUCCAUGCUCUGGCCAGCAGUGACGGAGUGCAGAUCCACAAUACUGAGAAUAUCCGGCUCUUGCUGCAAGGAGGGGCAGACGUCAAGGCUACCACCAAAGAUGGGGACACUGUGUUCACAUGCAUCAUCUUCCUGCUGGGUGAAACAGUGGGAGGGGACAAAGAGGAGGCCCAGCUCAUCAACCGCUUCUGCUUCCAAGUAACACAGCUACUGCUGGCUCACGGGGCAGACCCUAGUGAGUGCCCGGCCCAUGAGUCCCUCACCCAUAUCUGCCUCAAGGGCUUUAAACUGCAUUUCUCUCUCCUGCGCUUCCUGCUGGAGUCUGGAGCCUCCUACAACUGCUCACUCCAUGGGGCGUCCUGCUGGUCUGGCUUUCACAUCAUCUUUGAGAGGCUCUGUUCUGAAUCAGGCUGCACCGAUGAGGAAAGCCAGCUGGACCUCCUGCACAAAGCUGAAAGUGUGCUGGACCUCAUGGUGACUAACUCCCAGAAACUCCAGCUGCCUGAAAACUUUGACAUCCACCCUGUGGGCAGCUUGGCAGGAAAGAUCCAGGCCCUGCACUUCUCCUUAAGGCAGCUGGAGAGCUACCCUCCCACCCUCAAGCAUCUAUGUCGAGUUUACAUCCGGCUCUACCUUCAGCCAUGGCCUGUGGAUGUAAAGGUCAAGGCCCUACCUCUGCCUGACAGGCUCAAGUGGUACCUCCUCAGUGAACACAGUGGUACCCUUCAAGAUGACAUCUGACAG